AUGGUGCUGUUCGGGCGACGCUUGGUCCGCCGUUCUUCAACCGUAGCAAGCAUAGCGUGGCCACGGCCAGGGCGUGUAGGGAUGGUCGGCCUGGGCCAAUUGGGACAAGCAGUUACCGGAAACCUUUUGCGAGCUGGUUUAGCUCCAGUUCUUUACGACGUGAAGGGAGAAAGCAUCGCUCACUCUUUGUUGGAUCAGGGUGCUGUUUGGGCCAAAUCAGGCAGAGAAGUUGCAGAGCAAUGUGAUGUGAUUCUAACUGGCUUACCGAGACCGGAGAAUGUAUCUGCCGCCAUGGGCCUGGGCAGCAGUGGCAUCAGUCCAGAUGGUAUCCUUGCUGGUUUGCAGCCAAAUGCCGUGUGGAUAGAGCACUCGACCACGGACUUUGAAAACACCUUAAAGAUCCGGGCAGAAGUAGAGAAAAGAGGUGCACAGGCUGUGGCUGCUCCUUUGACUGGAGGCAUGCAAAUCUUAAAAGUUGGCAAAAUGGUCUCGUUAGUCGGUGCAGAUGAGGAGACUUUUCAGCGAGUGAAACCAUUGAUUGCGCUUUCUGCACCGCGUAUCAUCCGCUGUGGCGACUUCGGCCAUGAGACCGUUGUGAAGAUCUUGACCAACAUGCUGUGUGCGGUCCAGGACUGUGCCAUGGGUGAGGUGAUGAUGAUCGCAAAGAAAAGUGGAGUGGAUCUCAAGCUGCUCUUUGAUGCUAUGCGGAUUUCAUCAGGCAACUCUUUUUGUUGGGAGACCGAGUUUGCACGAGUAAUGGAUGGGACUUACUUCCCGGACUUCACCGCGGAGAUGAUGGCAAAGGAUAUAGAGCUCGGGCAAGGCUUGGCCAAGAAGCAUGGAGUGCCGAUGAUGAUGCAUGGGCAAGUGGCACAGAUUUAUGAGAUGUGCAUGGCAAAAUAUGGAAAGGACUCUGGCUCAACAAUUCCAGUCAAACUGGUGGAGGAUGCAUGUCACACACCUCUGGCCGACGACAAGCUGCGCAAAACCUUUGAAGACUGGACAUACACCACGGAGAUUGUUGAUGGAUUGAGCUUGAAGAUCCAAAAUGAAGGGUUGAAAGUGCUGUGCUGCCCAUUCGUGCUCGACCUGCUGUGUCAUGUGGCCUCCUUGUUUUGCGCGUGGCGAGCCGUGUGCUAUGCUGGGGCGCUGAAGGUCAUGAAGUCGGUGCAAACAGUGACAGCAGUUUUUGCCGCGUGGAAGUUUGUUUGCCUGAGCUCAGCGUUCAUCGAGAACAUGCAGCUGGCUACAGCUGAUGCAAGAGGUCAAGAAGUCCAGGCAGAAGUCUUGUCAAUCGUGCUGCAGAAUUGGGGUGCACUGGCCAAAGAAGCCCGCAGAACCCCUGCUCCAGCAGAGAAGGCCAAGUUCGCGCAGCUGCGUUUGGCUGCUGCGUUCUCUGGCUGGCAACUAGUGUCCUCCGCUUCAAGCUUCUUGCAGAAAGUCACCCAGGCCAGUGCGGAUGCUAGAUGUCAAACCGCCAGUGCUGAGGUAUUGUCCGUGGUGUUGAAGACAUGGGGGGCGCUGACCAAAGAAGUUCGAGCCACUCCUACUGAAGUGAAGAAGGCAAGCUGUUUUGACCGUCUUUGA